CCAGACCAGACGCUGACUGAGUGGGUGCAUAUUCCUGCUUUGAAUAUUCUUAAUCUGUUCCUGUUAUCAGCAAGAACCAGCUGGCUGCAGGUGCUUACCACCCAUCCUGUUUCUGUUAUUUCCUACCCAAUAGCCGCUGCCUGCUGAGUUAUGCUGAUCCUGUCCUGCUCUUCCAAGUUGCAACUGCUGGAAGGAAUUUUAAGGAAGAGCCUUCCUCAGACCCUUUCGGUCCAUGGAGCACUAAUGAACAUCAACCGUGGGAACCCAGUUGGACAUGAGGUGCUUGUGGAUUCAUGGCCAAACUUCAAAGCUGUCCUCACUCGGCCACGCAGAGAGGUUGCCUCAGAUAACUCUGAUUUGUAUGCCAACAUGUAUGCAGCAUUCUACCAUGAUCUUGAUGCGUAUCGAACACUCUUGCAGGACACAGAUGCUGUCAACUGGGACCAAACCUUUCGUAUUCAUGGGCACCAGAAUGGGAUAUAUGAGGCUUCCCGAGAUGCAGCCACCAUCAAGCAAGUGCAGUUCUCAUCCUCUUCCUACUUCACUUACUUGCACCCUGACCCAAAUAAAAUACGUGCGCGUCAGCUAGAUCCCAGCUUGACACUUUCCACCUUGAAUAGCUCCCAUGCUGACCUGCUGAAUGAAACAUGGCCCUAUGGAGGCAAUGAGCAAAGUCGUCGGUACCUGGCCACUCUGCUGCGCUCCUUCCCCAACCGCUGCAUCCUGGACAGCAAUGGAUACCUGAUCAGCUGGGGCAUCAUGGAUUCUUUUGGUGCAUUGGCGCAUGGCUAUACCCUUCCAGAGUAUCGUGGUCGUGGCUAUAUGACUAUAGUCCAUAAAGUACUGUCCGUGCAUGUCCAUGAAUUUGGCUAUCCUGUAUAUGGCAAUGUGGCCCUCAAUAAUGUGUACAUGCAAAACUUAAAUGAACACCUAGGCUCUCAGAGGUUAUCUCAAUUAUGCCAUAUCAUUUCCCAUGUCCCUAAAUCCCCCAUUGUUUCCUGAAGAAUUUCUUGUCAUGUGGGAGGGCAUCAUAACACUGCCUCUCUGGCCUCCCCCAUCUCAGGAUGGGAAAUUUCUCUAUUGCAUCCUAUGAGUCUGAAUUUCAGUUUACUAAAAUAGAAGCCCUCGGGAUGCCAUAAAUAUCUCCAUUGCCAAGCCUCUGGAAUGUAACUGGGAAAUUUCCCAUCAUAGAAAGUGGGGAGACCAGAGAAGCUCUGAUACUUGCCUGAUGGAAUAGUUCUCUCUUGAAUCCCAGGUGAUUGUGAUCAAAAUACAAGCCAUUGGAAAGCAACAGAGAAAUCUGUGAGUGGGAUCAGAUCCUUAUGUUCUGAUUCUGCCCGCACAAACUUCUUGUCAUAUCCUGGCAGGGACAUGUUGGGAUGUUUCCCCAACCCUGAUUUCACCUGACCUUUCCCAUCGAUGUUAAAUAAAAUUUAUUUUUGAAUU